GUGUGGAGGUGGCGUAGUGAUGGGCAACAGACGUUUUCGUAUAAACCACUCUUGUAGUGUCCGCAGCGCCAGUCGCAGACACCACUACGUCGCGGCAAGCCUGCUCGUCUAAACAUCAUUGUGAUCGAUACGUGAACAUGACAUAACUAUAAUAUCUAAUAUAUUACAAGGAUAUUCUGUUGUUAUAUUGUGAAAGUGCUAACGUGUCUUCAAGAGUGUAUUCGGAUUUUUUUUUGCGGUUAAGAUGGCGCGUCUAAAUCACUUAGUUCUUGGCAUUCUCAUCUUGCAAAUAUACGUAAAUGCUGCACCAAGUGACGUCAGCAAGAUCGAGGAAAUUGUCAAAGUAGAAGUAGCCGACCCCAGCGUAGAGCUAGUUGACCCCUAUGUAAAACAAGCUGACGCUAAAGUUGAGGAGACCGACCCUAAAGUAGAAGAGGCUGACCUUAAAGUACAGGAAUCUGACCCCAAGCUCGAUGCAAAACCAAAAGAAGUGGAAAGUGAUAAAAAUUCUACUGAUACACAGAGACAGAAAAGAUGGUACAACCCCUAUGGCUUUCCUCCUAUGAAUCCACUAAUAUACCCAAGCUACAAUAAAAGAGAUGAAGGACAAAAUACCGGAUAUUAUGGAGGACAGGACCCAUUAGUGCAGAUACACAGACAAAUCCAAGAGAUAGCCAACAUCGUGAGACAGCCUCCACUGCCCCAACCACCACUGCACCAUAUCCCCAUAUUCUUCCCCGUGUUAUUCAUUCCUCGUGGUGAUUGCAAUUGCAACCCAAAUCCUGGAUCAGUGCCUACUCCGGGACCAGACACGACCACAGAAUCUGAUAAGAACGGCACAACACCUUCAAUACUGAAUCGUUGGCCAGCUAUGGAGGACACAAGACAGAACUGGGGAUUCGUUGUGAACCAAAGUGAUAGUGAUUCGGAAGAGGGAGUAGAAUUCAGCAGGCCUAUUUCAUUCGAUCCUAUAAGAUUAAACAAACCAUUGAGACCUCAACCGCCCGUAGAACAUGGGAGUGUACAAAGUGAUUCUGGUAAAAGAGACGAUCAGCCUCAAUCGGAGGCACCAAGGCCUGAAACUCCUGCAUCAAGGCCCCCUAGCAGGCCUCCCCCAUCAACCAGGCCUCCACCGUCCAACAGGCCGCAAAAUUCAUCACCUUUUGAUUAUAGGCCAACUCCGUUAGCACCUCCCAGUAGAUGUGAUGGUGCUAUCCUCACUUGCUGCCAUCAAGCGCAGGUUGUGUAUGAGUGCUUCGCAAUUCAAGGAUGCCCUGACCUCUCGGGCUACGGUUCGCCUUGUGAUCCUAAUUUAAUUUUAACAGUUAUCGAAAGAUUCCAAACAUAUUAUGGACAAAGAAAUAACUAUUAAGUGUUAAUUUAACUGUAAAAGAAAAUCACUCAAUCCAAGCUCUCAGCUCAAUUAUUUAUUGUAAUUAUUUAUAAUUAUAACACUCAUUUUGUCACUUGUUCUAGUUAGUAAACUAGUUAAUAAUAAUUACGGUUAUUUCUCGUUUCUCAAGGAAAUGUGAAAAAAGUGAACGAUCUUUUAACAAUACUCAGUUUUUGCAAUAAAUGGUUGAUUAGUGUACAAUAAAAAAAUAUAUUAUGUUAUUUUUAGACAACCAUUGAAGUUAUAUAUGUUUUGAUAACUUUAUAUCAAUUAAUCAGCAUUAUUUAUUUCUUUACUGUGCUAGAAAGAUUUAUACAAACACCACACUCACUGUUCAAAUGUAAAUAAAUUAAUACUCAAACAAAAAUUAUUGAUAUUUAUGAUAAAAGUACAAUAAUAUAUAAGGACAGUGAUAAUGUUCCUAUCGCCCAUGUGUUUAUUAAAACUAGAUAUAUGACAAUAAAAAUGAUUCGUUGUAGACAAA